GUUAUAUUUUUGGUUUUAUUCCUAAACUCCAUUGGCAUCCAACAAAACUCUCUCACCCACCUUCACAACAACAUCACCAUCAUCACCAUCAUCUUCAGUGUUCCUCACUUUUUCCGCAAUCUUUUUUUUUUUAAUAUCACCGACGAGAAAGAAAAGAAAAAAAAAAGGAAGAAGAUUCAUUGAAGAGUUUUCACUUUUGAAUUUCCUGGGAAACUGCAAUUAAUGAUUCUCUCUAUAAUUAAUUUAAAAAAUUGAAAAUUUAAUCCUUCUUUCUUGCGUCUCUCUUACAUCGGUUAUUUGUUCAUCUCUCUCUCUCUCUCCGCUGAGCUCUGAUCGAAAAAGAAAUCAAUUUAGGUCUUUGCCUCUUCUCUCAUCCCGGCACAAUUCUCGAUCAAAGGUGACUUGGAGAUAUGAAACAGUUCGUUAAUCAGUUUUUUGGAGACGAGAGUUAUGUUUCUUCUUAGAGGAACAUUACUUAAUCCAAAAUACAAGUAGAGGAGAUUUAGAGGAGGAGAAGAUGGGAUGUGUUUCUUCUUGCUUUCGGGUCCAAGACAUUGAUGAGUACAUGAAUCCAAGCAGCUCUGUGUAUAGGAACUGUCCCUGCAUAAGAUGCCUUGCUCAUAAUUUCCUGAACCUGUAUAUCACGGUAUUCGGAAGAGAGGAAACCCGCUCUCUACCAUCUUCGGUUCAAACUACUGCAUCGAUGACUUCGUCUUCUUCGCACGAUAACUUUCUUUCUGAAGCAUUCCGUUCUACUCCAAGGCCUCUGCCUUAUGAUGCUGAUCCUAGAUACCUCCGCUCACUCGUCUCAAGACGGGACAAGGGUUCGAGUCAUUCCCAUGAGGAAACUGAACCUCUGAGAAGUGACAACGAUGCGGAUUCUGAAUCUUUGGGAUGCAAAUGGGCAAAUAAUAAAUCCAUUAUCUCUGGCAAAGAUUCCAAGGAAGAGUACUCUGGUAAAUCCAGUCUUAGGAUUCUGAAAUCAAAGUCUGCCUCUGACAACAUGUAUAUACUGUCUGAAGAUGAAGAUGUCUGCCCAACUUGUCUUGAAGAAUAUACAUCAGAGAACCCAAAGAUUGUAACGAAAUGCUCUCACCAUUUCCACCUAGGUUGCAUUUACGAAUGGAUGGAGAGAAGUGAAAACUGUCCUGUCUGCGGAAAGGUGAUGGAAUUCAACGAAACACCUUGACAUCAAUCAUCGACCAUUGUAUCUGAACUGAAACCGGGGAAGAUGACAAAGGCAAUGCAGAGGGGAUGGUUUGUAGAUUUUGGCUCGUUGGUUUGUAUUGUCAUUUACAAUGGUAAAUAUAUGAAGCAAAAAAGGGAUAAAAUGUUUCUCAUGUAAAUAAUAACUUCCGUGUAAACUAAGAGAGAAUUCGAUUCACAAAGGUUCACACAUCAUAAGUUUUUAUCCAACGGUUGUCAAUUAACAAUGGUAAAUAUAUGAAGCAAAAAGGGAGAAAGUGUAAAGGAUAACUCGUGUAAAAAUUCGAUUCACAGAGGUUAACACAUCUUCAAGUUUUUUUCAACGGUUACACAGAGAAAUAAAAUAUAUAACUACUUAGACCUAAGAAACUUCCAGAGGGAUGAGGGUUGCUCCUGCUGAUUAGUAUUUGCUUAAUAGCUUCCAUGAGCCUUGUCUUCUCAAUAUCAUCCAAUCAUCCAAUCUUCCAAACUUGUCUGGUCUUCCUUCAAACUUGUCUUGUCUCUCAUACAUAGCCUUCAACUGAAUGGCUUCUGUAGAAUAACUUCUGGGAAUUUAAUGAACCCAUCCCAGUUGACUAUGGCUGCAUAAACAGAUCCCAUACCAAUAACUAUGAAAAUCCACUUCACAAGCACUUUGAAAAAUCAAAGAAGACCAAAACCAAUCAACUUUGCAAUUUCAAAAGCAGCAGAAGAUGAAUCAAAUUGCUUUAGUUUUAGCUUUUUCCUUAGUUUUGAAGAUCAGGUCUGCCCUCUUUUGGUAGAAGAAAACAACCACGGGUCCAUAGGAUUCCUUCAACACAACAAACCUUUUCCCUAGCCACGUGAGCAGAACAUGGACCCAAUCCACCAGUAGACCACCGAACAGGGAAGAAUCCAUGGCCACCAACUCGUCCUUCGACUCUUUCUUUGGGACCUCAUCUGGUUUCACAUCAUCAUUUGGUUUCGCAACAUCCUUCUUUAGGACCUAGGAGGGGACAGAGGUGUGCUGCAACUGAUUAUGAUUUGCUUAAUAAUCUCUAUAUUGGCUUCAGACUUCAUAAGCAUUGUCUUCUCAAUGUAAUUCAACCUUUCCUCAAACUUGUUCGAUUUCUU